AUGGCUCCAUUGAGAUGGAAACUGCCAAUUGCAGGAUUUUGGUCUGGACUCGUUAUUGUGGGGAGUGACCGAGUGCAAGAGCUUGAAGAUAUGCUGUAUGGAGAUUGGGUGGUUCAUGAUGACGAAGGAGACAUUCGAACUAUGACUCAACGCAGCCCACUAAGCUUGCUGCAGAAGGAGCAAGCAAACCAGAAGACAGGCGCUGGAACUAUCUCCAAUAUUGGCCGUCACCUGGAAAACAACGAGGAGUCGGAGGAGUCUGAGGUUUUGUUCGACAAGUGCGCCCAGCAACUCGCGGCAGGAAAGCUUUGA